AUGAAAAUCACUAUUUUCUCCACGGCUUCUCUUCUGGCCACCGCUGCCCUGGCAGGAAAUGCCUGGCAAGUCCGUUUCGGACUCACCUCCUCCGCCUACCAGGAAACAUUCAACGAACUGGUCAAAGACGGCUACCGCCUUGAAUAUGCCACCGGUUUUUCCGACUUGAGUGGUGAUGCCCGAUACAAUGCUAUCUUCGAGAAGCCCUCUGCCUCUGAUAAGAUAGCCUGGAUAGCCAACCAUGGCCUUACCCCCGAGAAAUACAGCACGGCCUUCGACGAUCUUAAGGACAAGGAGUACCGUCCCCUGCAUGUUCAAGGGUAUAACGUUGGCAAGGACCCAACUUCAGGCAAGGAAAGGCGGUUCACUAGUAUAUGGCACAAGAAUAGCGGCAAGGGGGCAGUUGCCUGGGAAGAGAGGACGGAUAUAUCCGGUGAUAAGUUCACGGAGCUUUUCCAGCAGCUUGUAGAGAAGGGAUACCGUCUGCGCAGUCUGAGCGGGUACGCCGUUGGAUCCCAACAGCGGUUCUCCGGUGUGUUUGAGAAGCGCGCUGGCCCAGCAUGGAAGGCGUAUGCUGGUCUGAACGGUGAUGAGUACCAGAAGAAAUUUGAGGAUUUGAAGAAGGACGGGUUUUAUCCAGUGCAGAUCGUCCCGUAUAACGUUGACGGGAAGGUGUGGUAUUCUGGUAUCUGGGAGAAAGUGGAUGCAGAGGCUGCAAAGCCGUAUACGAGAUACGGACUGACGGGGCCAGAGUACCAGGAUUUGUUGAGGGAGUGGAAGGGCAAGGGUUAUAGGCCAACUUCUGUGGCUGGGUAUAUUGAUGGCAAGACUCUAAAGUAUGCUUCCAUCUUCAACAAGGCAUAA